AUGCAAACCUUGAUCCAUUUAUUGAAAUGCAACAUUGGCACAGGGCUCCUGGGGCUUCCCCUGGCCAUCAGAAAUGCCGGCUUAUUGGUAAGAGGGACCUGCUUCUUAUUAAUCAUCACCCAACUGGGCUUCUGCAGCGUUUAUUUUAUGUUUAUGGCAGACAAUUUGCAACAGAUGGUGGAAGAAACCCACGUGACCGCUAACACCUGCCAACCCAGGAAGAGCCUGGUACUAACCCCCAUCCUGGACAUUCGCUUCUACAUGCUGACCAUCCUGCCCUUCCUGGUCCUGUUGGUGUUUAUCCAGAACCUCAAGGUGCUGUCCAUCUUCUCAACACUGGCCAACAUCACCACCCUGGGGAGCGUGGCUCUGAUCUUUGAGUAUAUUGUGCAGGGGAUUCCAGAUUCCAGCAACCUACCCUUGAUAGCAAGCUGGGAGACCUUCUUGCUCUUCUUUGGUACAGCCAUCUUCACGUUUGAAGGUGUCAGUAUGGUUCUGCCUCUCAAAAACCAGAUGAAGCAUCCACAGCAGUUUUCUUUUGUUCUGUACUUGGGGAUGCCCCUUGUCAUCAUCCUCUACAUCUGCCUGGGAACGCUCAGAUAUAUGAAGUUUGGGUCAAACACCCAGGCCAGCAUCACCCUCAACUUGCCCAAUUGCUGGCUGUACCAGUCGGUCAAGUUGAUAUACCCUAUUGGCAUCUUCUUCACCUACGCCCUCCAGUUCCAAGUCCCAGCUGAGAUCAUCAUCCCUUUCGUCAUCUCCCAGGUGCCAGACAGCUGGGCACUGUUUGCAGACCUGUCUGUCCGCACCGCUUUAGUCUGUCUGACCUGUGUCUCCGCCAUCUUCAUCCCCCGCCUGGACCUGGUCGUCUCCCUGCUGGGCUCCGUGAGCAGCAGUGCCCUGGCCCUCAUCAUCCCGCCCCUCCUGGAGAUCACCACCUUUUACCCUGAAGACAUGGGCUGGGUCACCAUCGCAAAGGACAUCAUGAUCAGCAUCCUGGGCCUCUUGGGGUGUGUAUUUGGAACAUACCAAGCCCUCUAUGAGUUGAUCCACCCCAUCAACCAUUCCAUGGCCAACUCCACAGGUGUCUAUGCAUAA